AGGGCAUAUAUAUCCUCUGGCUUGGACCAUGGUGAGGUGCCUGAGUGGCAGCCACUGGGAGUAUUCCUCACUAAGAGCUCUGUAGCUCAGAUCCUUCAGCGUCCUCAGUUCUGUGGCUGUAGAUAAAGAAACACCACUCUGUUCCCAUGAGGACACAGUGGAGGUGAUGACAGCAUUCUCCCCGUUGCGAGGCUUGUCAUCCUUUCCGGCAGAAGUUACUCAAAAGGUCUCUGAAGCCAGCACUCCUGAGUCCCAGCCUUGGCUCUUUUACAGUUCUGUGACCUUGGAUGUGUCCACUUCCCCUGUCCCAGGCUCUUUCCCCCUCAGUCUCCUGAAGUGGUCACGGUUCCCUGAAUAAGCCUAGUCUGUCACGACCGCAGACACAGCUAAUCCCAGCACAUCGAAUUGCUCUGCUGGGGACACCCCAUAGGUCGGAGAACAAUUCCCAAGGUUUCCAUGGGCCAGGCCUGCUGGUGGGUGACGCUGGUCAACUUGACAGGGAUCUUGUAGUCCUUUUGGGAGUUGUUCAGGUCAAGGGGGAGAUAUACCAGAGUGGCCAUGGGAGUUCUGGGGGCCUACAGGGAAAGGAUGCCGUGAUCUCAGUGCAGGGGCAGUGGCAUUAGCAUUGGUGGGUCUUGGACAAGGGGUCCCUGGGACUUAUGGGAGAUGGCGGGAUGCAUACAUAGCUCAAGGCCGUCAACAACUAUGUAGUCACUGAUGGGCACCCAUAGCUCUUGGGGGUGGGGUGCCCAGAUACACUUCACAGGCAUUCCACAUCCAUAUUGGCAUCCUCUGACUAACUAGGGCUGCACCCAGUUUUGGGCCUCCAUAUUGAGGAGAGACUGAGAGCUUGGCAGGCACCUGGUGCUACGUUCUUUGAGGCCCUGGGACAGAGGUGGUCACCUUGGUUUUGACAAGAUAGGACAGAUGCUUGCGCUGGUAUUCGUGAGGCCUAGGCCCUAAAGCAGCUUCAGAAUAUAGUCUGUAGGAGCCCAGAGCUGGCCUCUGAUUGUAGUGCCAUCCCUUCUAUUGGAACAGUUCUUUUGGGCAAGGCUGGAUCUGAGAUCACAGGCCUAUUCUUAGGUGCUAGCCAUUGGGUUGGGGUUCCUGGUUCCCCAUUCUGUGGUUAAACUGUCAGGAAGACUCCUGCUUACAGGGCUGCUGGCUGGAAGACUCUUGAGACCUAGUCUCUUAUUAUAGGGGACCUAGAGCAUAGUUGGAUGAGCAGAGGUGACUUCUGCUGGUGGCUGGGAUGGGUGAUGAGACUGGAGAUUCAUGUCAACUGUGGUGGAGGCCUCACUAGCCAGCAGAGUGGGUAGGAAGCUGAGCUGUCAUGGUCCUUGUACCAGUGGCCCUGAGGUGGAGUGUAGAGAGCUGUAGAAUUACCCAGGUUGCUGGUGCCUCUGCUUUUCCUCUUCUGCCUUGGCCUCUUGGCCUCUCCUUCUGCGCUCCCAGAACAGAGGCUUCUCUGCUGUGCCCAGUGGGGAGCUCUGUCUAGCUCUGUACAGGAGUGCCUGCCCGAAGUGGAUAAUGCUGGGGACUGGACAUCAGAUAAAACCUCAGCCUCAGGGUCAGGUUGCUCAAAGCAUUGCUUUGGGGCUCUGUGCAGGGUCAGUUGGUCAGGGCUGAGUAUAGGUCCUGCCCUCCUUUUGAGGACUCAGUCUGCUGGACAUUCCCUGUGAUGUUUGGGGGUGGGAAACCCAAAGGGGAACUUUAGGGUUAAGAUAGGAAUCUCUCCCAGAGGACGGAGGACUCAGCCACAGGAUCAAACAUUAAUUGGGAGCAGUGCCAGUGUCCUGAGAGGAAGUCUGGCCGACCCAGAUUUGACCUGGAGUUUGCUCUGUGGCUGUAUAACAUUGUAUUAGCCACACAGUUGUCUAGAUUGCGGCCUUCUGAUCUCUGAAACAGGUACAACGGUUAUGCCGGGCAAUAAAUGCUUCCUUGCCUUGUCUGCCGGCAUGAAGUGCCUACAGGUUUCUUGUUCAAACCUGGGCAUGUGUCAUGAUUUACUACUGGCACAGGGUGAGAUGAGGCACCUUGCCUCGGUCACAUGGUUGGUCAGCAGUGGGGUAGGUUCUGACCGUGGCAGCUUGCCUGUAGGGAUUGUCCUCUGGCCUCUCCCUGGCCGUUCAGGGGAUCAGGAUCCAAGCUUAUGCGCUUACAGCACCAUGUACCCCAGGGCUUGGGGUUUAAUCUGCACUUGGUGAAUGUGAUCUGUUACUGUUGGCCAAGGAGGACAGAUGCAGCGGAGAGAAAGGAGCAGUUGCGAAGGCUUCCCAGGGGGAGGAACUGUUGAUGCUGGGCCUUGGCACUUGGGCGUGCUACGCAGAUCUAGAAAGGCGUAAGGCCAGGUGGUAUCUGCACACCUAGAAAACAGCCCGGCCCAGAGUGUGGGUCUGAGGUGGCUCAUGAGUUUUUUGUCUGUCUGUAAUGCGAAAUGUAGUUUUUAGAGAGUUUUAGGUUCACAGAAAAGUUGAGCAGGAGGCACAGUUCCGUUAUGCCCCUCCCACCAAUCCCAGGUUCCUCACUGUUGGUAUCCCAUUCCACCCCCAUCCCGGGUUAGCUUGCUGUUAUCGAGAAACCUGUGCAGACCUUGUGAUCAAUUGCCCAGCAUGCACAGUGGAUUCCUGAAGAGGGUUUGCUUUUGGCAGUUUGCAGUUACAUGCCAGUGGUUAAGAAUCAGUUGCUCAGGAGUGACCCUGAAGAUCUGCAGACACACUGAGGCUGAGGGCUAAUGCUGCAGAUCCAUGGCUGGCAUGGCUGUGCGUGGCCAGGGAGGAGCAGGGUGCCCCUCAGGGACUGCUCCAGCUGAGUGCCAGGUGUGUCACAGGUGUACAGUGCAUUAAGAACCUAGACAGCUCUCCUGAGGGACCCAGACAUGGAGCUGCGGGAAGAAGCUUGGUCUCCGGGGCCGCUGGACUCUGAGGACCAGCAGAUGGCCAGUCAUGAGAACCCAGUGGACAUCCUCAUCAUGGAUGACGACGACGUCCCCAGCUGGCCCCCGACCAAGCUGUCCCCACCCCAGUCCGCGCCUCCACCUGGGCCCCCUCCCCGGCCGCGGCCGCCUGCACCCUACAUCUGCAACGAGUGCGGCAAGAGCUUCAGCCACUGGUCAAAGCUGACGCGGCAUCAGCGCACGCACACAGGCGAGCGGCCCAACGCUUGCAGCGACUGCGGCAAGACCUUCUCGCAGAGCUCGCACCUGGUGCAGCAUCGGCGCAUCCACACGGGCGAGAAGCCCUACGCCUGCUCCGAGUGCGGCAAGCGCUUCAGCUGGAGCUCCAACCUCAUGCAGCACCAGCGCAUCCACACGGGCGAGAAGCCCUACACCUGCCCCGACUGCGGCCGCAGCUUCACACAGAGCAAGAGCCUAGCCAAACACCGGCGCUCACACAGUGGCCUCAAGCCCUUCGUGUGCCCGCGCUGUGGCCGCGGCUUCAGCCAGCCCAAGAGCCUGGCGCGCCACCUGCGGCUGCACCCAGAGCUGUCAGGGCCGGGUGUGGCGGCCAAGGUGCUAGCGGCCAGCGUGCGGCGUGCCAAGGCGCCUGAGGAGGCGGCGGCGGUGGACGGCGAGAUCGCCAUCCCCAUGGGUGAUGGCGAGGGCAUCAUUGUGGUGGGCGCACCGGGGGACGGUGCUGCAGCAGCCGCAGCCCUGGCGGGGACAGGGCAGCGGGCAGCGGGGCCGCGGUCUCGGAGGGCGCCGGCGCCCAAGCCGUACGUGUGCAUGGAGUGCGGGAAGGGCUUUGGGCACGGGGCCGGGCUGCUGGCCCACCAGUGCGCGCAGCACGGGGACGGGCUGGGGGCAGCGGGUGGCGAAGAGCCCGCACACAUCUGCGUGGAGUGUGGCGAGGGCUUCGUGCAGGGCGCUGCGCUGCGGAGACACAAGAAGAUCCACGUGGUUGGGGCGCCGUCGGUCUGCAGCAGCUGCGGACAGAGUUUCUAUCGGGCAGGCGGGGAGGACGACGGCGAGGACCAGUCGGCGGGUGCGCGGUGUGCCGAGUGUCGCGGUGGGGAGGCCCGGUAGGGACGGGGGUGCCCGAGGGGUGGGCAGGGCCCCUCGGGCUCAGUGGGGACUAUCAGCGAGCAAGACCACGAGGCCCAGGGAGAACCGGACCGAGAGGAGCAGCGGCCUCCCUCCUUCCUCGGCCCACGCUGUCCUGGGUGUGAGGGGGACCCUCGGCCAGCGGACAGGUUCUCAGGACUGCCCACAGCCUCUCUGCUGACCUGCACCGGCCCUGUGUAGGUUCCCAGCCUGGGAGCCAGAGACAGUGUGUGAGAGAACUGUGUAGACCAAUCGGCACAAGACCCACCGCAGGUGUGGGGCCACGGUGUCCUAAGGAAUGGAGGAAAUCCUGGCCUUGUGCACCAAGAGGGUCUUCCUUCCCUUCUAGAAUUUUCUUUUAAUCAUACCUUUUUGACCUCUCCCGUUCAUUAAUUUUUCUGCCCCGUGGGUCCUUGUCGAUUUCCUAGCCCAAGUCGUCCCUCUCCCUCCUGGAUUUGCAGUAGCCGAGGAGUGAAGAAGUAGCAGCCUGCUCCCAGCACGGUCUCAUUGAGAGGACGGACGGAUGGACGGACGGGGUCCUGUGUGCUCCCUGUCCUGGCGGUGGAAGAAGGGAUGUGGGAGCAAUAAAUGGCACUAUUCAAUUGUCCCA